AUGGAUGAACUCGGUGAAAUUGAAGUGGAUAUCAAUUGUAAUAAUUUGGCUGGUGUCUACAAUUCAUAUCUUUUGCAUCACUAUGCGAGAUUAGACAAUCGUUUCCCAAUCUUAUGUAUGGUAGUGAAACGAUGGAGUGAUGCGACCUUCAUAAGUGAUGCGAUGAAUGGAUUCUUUAAUAGAGAUUUCAAAUAUUCAUCUUUCAGCUAUUCGAUAAAAAUGUUAGUAUUACAUUUCUUGCAAUGUGCUGUAUGGCCACCGAUCCUUCCGAAUCUACGCAAAAUUGAUCCGAAUCGGUUCGGCGGUAUUAAGUAUAAUGUUCCAUUGGAAAAAUUGCAAAUUUUUGACCGAUCACCUGAAUUACCACCUGAUCGUCGACGGAACUGUAAAACGGUUGCUGAAUUGUUGAUGGCGUUUUUUGAUUAUUAUGCCAGGUUCGAUUUUGAAAACCAGAAAAUAUCAAUGCCUCAAGCACGUGUCUUAGACAGAGAGAGACCAUUUCGUGGCGCAAAAGUGGAAAUAGAGGGACCGUUCGAUCAUGAAAAUACGGCAAGGACAGUGAAAAGUGAGGAAUGCUUAGAGCUGAUCAAAGAUGCGUUUCAACGAGCAUCACACGCCUAUUUAGGGCCAGCACCGAUCGCACCAACCUUCAACGAAAUUACCACUGCUACAUAUUAA